AUGUCGGAUCAACACAACAAGGAAGAAGAACAUGACCAACACAACGAGAAAGAGAUCAUCUUCCCGGAAGAUAGUAUGGAUAUUUCCGAUCAAAUCGGAAGGGCAUUGGAGAUGUAUACUCCACUUCUUCUCAAAAAGCUAAACCAAACUAUGGAAGGGGCGAUGAAUGAUCAUAUAGCCCAAAUGAUUAGGGAGGAGGUAGCCUUUAAUGUUCAACGUGAACUUGAGAAGAGGGAUGGUAAGGGGAAAGAUAAGAAGGAUGAAGCGGAGAAGGAGGUGGAGGUAACGGGGGAGAAAUUCUACAAGAAAAAGUUCUCCUUCAAGGACUUUGACGUAUGUCACCCACCCGAAUUUCAUGGUGACCGUAACCCCAUUGUUUGUACUAGAUGGGUGUCGGAGAUUGAGGGGUCUUUUCGUACUAGUCAAUGCCCCGAAGAUCUUAAAGUUGUAUUUGUCGUAAGCAUGUUGAGAUAUAAGGGAAAGAGAUGGUGGGACAACUUGUUGACGGUGGAGAAGGGAGCACUUGACAAUGUGGAUUGGCCCGAGUUCAAGGCCAUGUUUUUCAAGGAAUUUAGAUCGGAAGCGAAGGUGACAAGAUUGAGGAGUGAAUUCCUCAAUGACUCUCAAGGAACACUUAGUUUGAUGGGGUUUCGUUCCCAAUUUCUCGACAAGGCACAAUUUUGCCCCGAGUUUUCUGAGAAUGAACAAUUGUUGAAGGAACAAUUCUAUUUGAAGCUCAAGAAAAAUUUGAGGGAGAAAAUAAGUUUGCGCCAAAUGGAGUCCUUCUCCAUGUUAUGUGAUGUAGCAAGAGAUUACGAGAUUGAACAAUCAAGAGUUGAUGAGGGUGAGUUAAAGAGGAAGAAUCAUCCCGGUUCAUGUAGGGAAAAGGCUUGCUAUAAUUGUGGGAAGACGGGUCAUGUGAGUCGAGAUUGUAAGGCAAGGCCCCACAAACCGAUCAUUUGCUUCAAGUGCUUCGAGGAGGGUCAUAUCAAGAGCUCAUGUCCCAAGCUCACCGAAGAAGAAAGACAAGAAGAAAGGAGGAAGGAGGCGGAAAGGAGGAAUACGUUGGCACAUGGAAAUCCAAGAGGGAGGUCAUUUCAACUCACCGUUGAACAAGCUAAGAAUACCGAUGACGUCAUCACAGGUACAUUUCUUAUGUAUAAUGUACUUAUGCGUAUUCUUUUCGAUUCUGGAGCAAAUAGAUCAUUUGUUGCAACUAGGGUGAUCCAUGUUAUUCCCACGUCUAAGUCAAGUCUAGAUCAUAUAUUGCAAGUUGAGGUUGGGAAUGGUAGGACGAACUUAGUAAAGGAUGUGUAUAAGAAUUGUGAAAUUAAGAUAGUUGCGGAAAUUUUUCAAGCUAACCUAAUUCCUUUCCCUAUGGGAGAAUUUGAUAUAAUCUUGGGUAUGGAUUGGCUAAGCACUUGCAACGCCAAGAUUUCAUGUGACGAAAAAUUUAUCUCUUUGAAGACUUCUAAGGGGGAGGAUAUGGUGGUAUAUGGUGAUAAAAGUGGACAUCCUAUAUCCGUUUGUACUUUUGCCCGUGCCCAACGAUAUUUGUCACAUGGAUGUCAUGCCUAUCUUGCUCACAUAGUUGAUGUUGAGAAGAAACCCUUGCCUAUUGAAGAUAUUCCUAUAGUUCGCGACUUUGUUGACGUUUUUCCCGAUGACUUGCCAGGUGUUCCUCCCGAACGGCAAGUUGAGUUUUUGUAA